AUGCAAGUAGAUACUACCUCCAACAGUAAUCCAAGAAAAAAGGUAGUAACUAAUGAAGGAAGUGAUAAAGAAGGUGCUAAGAUGCCUAAAACCAAUUAUGGUGAAGAUGCUCAUGCAUCUAAUGAUAGCACAGCCAUGAAAUCCCAUGCAUCAGAGGGGCUCGAAACUUUUACGGUUGAGACUAUGGUUGGUAGCGUAGGGAAUCCAGUCUCCAAACAGGAUGGUUCUGUUUCCAAAGUUUCAUCCUCUGGGAAUCUUGACAUGCAAGAAAGAGACUUACCUGAGAAGGCAAAUUUAGCAGAAUCUAUAUCUGAGCAGGUUAUCAAUAUGGCAUGUUCUCAGUCGGUAGGUCAGAGUGAUUCAGAACAGCACACUAUCUCAGACCAGCACAUUAUCUCAAACCAGCAUACAGAGGUUUUUCCAUCGGUAACAGGAGUCAGUAAUGUUUCCAGAGAUAAACAAGAGCUUAAUCAGAAGACAACAUAUAAGUGCCCGGAAAUGUUUUCUUCUGGUACAACAGAAAUUAAAGUUUCGGGUGACACGCAAGAGGUUAAUGAUAAGGCAACAAUUGUAGACUUACAAUUGGAUCGUUCCUCCCCGCAUCACAUUUCUAAGUCAGAUAGCAGUGUUGGAGAAACAAUUACUCUAGGUAGAAAUUCCCAAGGAUUUACUAAUGACCCUCAGCCAGAAAAGAGGUAUACAAGUUAUGAAAAUAUUAAUAAAGCUGAUGCAUUGAAGAAGAUUUCCUGUGACAAUGAUAACAGAGAAAAUAAAGAAACAACUUCAGUGUGUCAUUUGGUUCCCACAAGCAGCCGAGUUUCCAACAAUUCUGUUCCUAAACCUGUGGUGGAGAAGAUGGUGUUAAUGAAAGAUAAAAAACUACACGAUAUGGAGUCAAGUAUGUUCAGCACACCAGAGGGAAAAAAAUCUUUAAAAGAACCUUCAUUAACAGUAGGGACCAAGGGUAUUUUACUUGGCAAAAAAAGUGAUGACACGCUCCUUGGAUCCAUCACUCAAGAACGUGUGAAUUUCAGGUCUGACACAAGACUUGGAAGCAAAAUGGCUGGUGAUUCUCUCACAGAUUCCAGCAAACUAAUGAGGGAUGCAGCAGCGUUGCUUGGUAGUAAAGAUGAUCUUAGAAGUAAUAGCAAUACCAGUUCUCAAGUUAAUCCUUCCUGCUUAACAGAGAAGACAGCUAGAAUUACUACCCAGGUAGUAUCUGUAAACUCUGAAGCUGAAGCUUCAGUCAACGAGUCCUCUCAGAAAAUAACUUCAGUAGAUGGAAAUAAACUUACUUUGAAAAAUUGCAAGAUCACUCCUGCUCUUUCAAGCUUAAAAACUUCAAGGAAGUUUGGAGCUAACGGGAUUCUAACAACUUCUUUACACCAAAAAGAAACAAAAUCCAUUGUAAGAUCUAGCCAAAACAUUCAGAUACGUUGUAUUACAGCAUCAAAGGAUGAAAAUCCUAUUGACAUUGGUAACAGCCAGAAGCCUUCAACCCCGUUUCUGAAGAGGAAAACUAUUGAGGUUUCUGAAGCUGAUUUUACAUCGUUGAGGUCCCUAAAGCGCAUCUCUCGAUCUCCUAAUGAAAGCAGAAAUUCUAAAGAAUCUUCAGAAGAAGUUGUUGGAGAGGUAGAGAGUAUGCCCAACAAUUUACACUACAAUCAUUCAACGCCCGGACUUAAAAGUCCACCAGAGAUUAAAGUGAUGGAAGUGGAAAUACCUGAUUCUAUACUUAUGGAAGAUGACAGAAAUGUUGAAAAGGCUGAAGCUUAUAUGAAAGAACUUGAAGAUAUUUGUAACAUGCUUAAAAAGAAGCGCGAGGAAGCAGAAGACUUGUUAAUUCGAGCCAUUGUGAACGACAAUAACUUGCUGAUGCUUAAUCAUCCCAUUUAUGAAGAAAAGAUAUCCUCCCAUUAUUUUGUUUGUUUUCCUCCUAGUCAUUUAAUUGUAGAUAUUAAUGCUGGUUAUUUCCUUGACAUUUUGCGAACAUCCGGAAGGUUCAGAAAUUUGUUUCCCAGUUGA